AUGCAAGUGAGAAUAAAUUCGGAGUUUUUGUCAGCCAAUCCCUACGUGACAAACCUCGGGCUACACAGUUUUACAUCAACACAACGCACCAUCAAAGUUCAAAUCAAACCACGACCCAGACGAAUUCAUCAACGAGACAAGAUGAAGCUCUUCACCCGCCAACUCCAGCCAUCACCGGAAAUGAAAGAGCGGGUGACAGCCGUGGAGAGAAUUGUAGGCUACGACUUCGUGGACAAGACGCUUCUAGAAGAAGCUCUCACCCACCCCUCCUCCUGUCGGCCCAAUUCGUAUCAACGCCUGGAGCUCCUCGGCGACAGCGCUCUCAACCACGCAGUGACAAAGUACUUAUUUCUUGACAGCCGGAAGUUCAACGAAGACGAAAUCACUAACCGACGCAAAGAUACCGUUAGCAAUCCCUACCUCGCCCGCAUUGGUGCUCGGCUUGGGCUUUAUGACUACCUUCUCCGCUACAAUACACCCGAUCUUGAUGAUCAGGUCGCAAAGUUUACUGAAGGAGUAAUUAAAGGAAAAGAUAUGACGGGGUCUCCAGGCUACAAGGUUCUUGCAGAUGUUGUCGAAUCCGUGGCUGCUGCUGUUUACGUUGACUUGAAUUAUGAUCUCGAGAAGCUGUGGAAGAUAUUUAAGCCUCUUUUGGAUCUCGAAAAAUCUGAUUGCAUGAUGAAGACAAGGGAAUCCGAUUCCAUGUUGGGUUAUAUUGCCUCACUACUCGACACACUUGGGGCUAAGGCCUAUAGGAAAUCCAAAAUGGUAACUGAGUAA